AGGAGGGGGCGACGGGGCUGGGUCCGCGCCGUGCCGGGACCGAGGCGGCGGCGGGCAGACGCACAGCCAGGUCAGUAAGGAUGAAACUUGUAAAAAUGACCUGAGAAGAAAAGGAGAAGGAAGAGAGAGGUUAGAACACUGCUGACUUUGAAACAACUUGGCCUUAUAGAUGCUGAUUGUCACAAUGGAUCAAAGGAAGAAUGAUAGCUUUGUCCCAAGUAUCACUCAGUUGGAAGAUUUUCUAACAGAACAUAACUCCAAUGUAGUAUGGCUUCUCGUUGCUACAAUUUUGUCCUGUGGAUGGAUUAUAUAUCUCACUUAUUACAAUUCCCGGAAUGUUGGACUUAUUUUAACGUUAGUUCUUAACAGAUGGUACAAGAAUGGCUACAUCCAUAUUGGUUCGUUUUCUUUCUCUGUCCUUUCUGGAAAAGUGAUGGUCCGAGAAAUUUAUUACAUUACGGAGGAUAUGUCUGUUAGAAUUCAAGAUGGAUUUAUCAUUUUUCGGUGGUGGAAAAUGUAUAACCCCAAACAGAAGCAGCAUGAUCCAAAGGCAGAGACUAGAUUAUAUAUCACAGUGAAUGACUUUGAGUUUCAUGUCUACAAUCGUUCUGAUCUUUAUGGACAACUUCAAGAAUUGUUUGGUUUGGAGCCAACCAUCAUUCCAUCCAAAAAAGAUAGUGAAAGAGUGCUGGAGAAUGGAAGAGAGAGAACACGGCCCAACAUUGAAAGAGUUAAAGUAAGAACAGAAUCUCAAGAUCCGUCAUCUUCAUGGAGGUCUCUUAUUCCAGUCAUAAAGGUCAAUGUGAGCACAGGUCGUUUGGCAUUUGGGAAUCAUUACCAACCACAGACUCUCUGUAUUAACUUUGAUGAUGCUUUCUUAACGUACACUACAAAGCCACCAUCCAGUCACCUUGACCAGUUUAUGCACAUCGUGAAGGGAAAACUGGAAAACGUUAGAGUCAUGCUUGUUCCCAGUCCCCGAUACGUUGGUCUUCAAAAUGAUGAGCCACCAAGAUUAAUGGGAGAAGGUUUUGUUGUGAUGCAAUCCAAUGAUGUUGACAUUUACUACUAUAUGGAUGAACCAGGCCUGGUCCCAGAAGAAACUGAGGAAACUAUUGAGGGAGAAAUGAGCAGUGAGGAUAGUAAAUUGCAAGAUUUGCCUCCAUGUUGGGGAUUGGAUAUAGUUUGUGGUAAAGGAACGGAUUUCAAUUAUGGACCCUGGGCUGACCGACAGAGAGACUGUUUAUGGAAGUUUUUUUUCCCACCUGAUUACCAAGUGAUGAAGAUUUCUGAAAUUGCUCAGCCAGGGAAACCAAGGCAAAUCCUUGCUUUUGAGCUGCGGAUGAAUAUCAUUGCAGAUGCUACAAUUGAUUUGUUGUUCACAAAAAAUAGGGAAACAAAUGCUGUACAUGUAAAUGUGGGAGCUGGGUCGUAUUUAGAAAUCAACAUUCCUAUGAUAGUUGGAGAAAAUGGUUAUACCCCUGCAAUUAAAGGACAACUUUUACAUGUUGAUGCCACCAGCAGUAUGCAAUACCGGACCCUUUUAGAAGCAGAAAUGUUAGCAUUCCAUGUCAAUGCCAGCUAUCCUCGAAUAUGGAAUAUGCCCCAGACGUGGCAGUGUGAGCUAGAAGUUUAUAAAGCAACUUAUCACUUCAUCUUUGCUCAGAAAAACUUCUUUACAGAUUUAAUUCAAGACUGGUCGAGUGAUAGUGCCCCUGAUAUUUUUUCAUUUGUUCCAUAUACAUGGAAUUUUAAAGUUAUGUUUCAUCAGUUUGAAAUGAUUUGGGCAGCGAAUCAACACAAUUGGAUUGACUGUUCAACAAAACAGCAAGAAAAUGUUUAUCUGGCAGCCUGUGGGGAAACAUUAAAUCUUGAUUUUUCUUUGCCUUUUACUGACUUUGUUCCAACUACAUGCAAUACAAGAUUCACCUUAAGGGGAGAAGAUGUCGAUCUUCAUUUAUUUCUACCAGAUUGCCACCCUAGUAAAUACUCAUUAUUCUUGCUGGUGAAAAAUUGUCACCCAAAUAAAAUGACUCCUGAUUCUUGUAUUCCUGCUGAGUGUCAGAGUGGCCAGAAAACAGUGAAACCAAAAUGGCGAAACAUCACCCAAGAAAAGGCUGGCUGGGUUGAAUGCUGGACUGUCCCAAGUGUGAUGCUUACCAUCGACUACACCUGGCAUCCAAUUUAUCCUCAGAAGGCAGAUGAACAGUUAAAGCAAUCAUUGUCAGAAAUGGAAGAAACCAUGUUAUCUGUACUAAGACCAUCUCAGAAAGCAUCAGAGAGAGUUGUUUCUUCCCCCACAACCUCUUCACGCCCUCCUAUUGAUCCAUCAGAACUGCCACCUGAUAAGCUUCACGUAGAAAUGGAACUCUCUCCAGAUUCUCAGAUAACCCUGUAUGGACCUCUGUUGAAUGCCUUUCUGUCUAUAAAGGAGAAUUACUUUGGAGAAGAUGACAUGUAUAUGGACUUUGAAGAAGUUAUUUCCAGCCCUGUCUUAUCGCUCUCCACUUCGUCCAGCUCUGGCUGGACUGCUGUGGGAAUGGAACAUGACAAAAAAGACAACGAGGCAUCAGCCAAGCCAGUCCAUCCCCUUACUUUGCGUCCUUGGGACAUCACGGUGCUUGUGAACUUGUACAAGGUUCAUGGACGCCUUCCUGUUCAUGGAAGCGCUGAUGGUCCUGAAUGUCCAACAGCUUUCUUGGAAAGAUUAUGUUUUGAAAUGAAAAAAGGAUUUAGAGAAACCAUGCUGCAACUUGUUUUGUCCCCCUUAAAUGUAUUUGUGAAUGACAACUACCAGCAGCGACCUCCUGUGGAUGAAGUGCUUAGAGAAGGUCACAUCAGCUUGUCAGGUCUGCAGCUCCGAGCACAUGCCAUGUUUUCAGCAGAAGGUCUCCCUCUGGGAAGUGAUUCCUUAGAAUAUGCAUGGUUAAUCGACAUCCAGGCUGGGUGUCUAACAGCUAAGGUUACAGCACCACAGCUGGCAUGUCUAUUGGAAUGGGGACAGACAUUUGUUUUUCAUGUGGUGUGUCGAGAAUUUGAGCUGGAAAGACCAAAAUCUGUAAUAUUAUGUCAGCAUGGAAUCGAUCGCCGCUUCUGUGAAUCUAAGAUGAGUUGUGUUCCUGGACCUUGCUCAACCUCGGAUGACUUGAAGUACACUAUGACCCGCUUAGCCGUAGAUGGUGCAGACCUUUAUGUCGUGGAGCACGGCUGUGCUACCAAUAUAAGGAUGGGUGCCAUACGCGUUGCCAACUGUAAUCUCCAUAAUCAGUCAGUUGGGGAAGGGAUAAGUGCUGCAAUCCAAGAUUUUCAAGUGAGACAGUACAUCGAGCAAUUGAGUAAUUGUAGAAUAGGGCUUCAGCCGGCACUCCUGCGGAGGGCAUAUUGGCUCGAGGCGGGAUCCAUCAAUGUCGGGCUCGUCACUGUGGACAUCGCGCUAGCUGCCGAUCACCAUUCCAAACAUGAGGUGCAAAGACAUUUCUUAGAAACUCAUGACAGGAGAACCAAGAGGCUGUGGUUUUUGUGGCCAGAUGAUGGUGUGAAGAAUAAAAGGAGCCGGAACAAGUGUGGCUGUUUAGGAGGCUGCAGGUUCUUUGGGGGCACGGCUACCGGCCUGGACUUCUUCAAGCUGGAAGAGCUCACUCCCUCCAGCAGUUCGGCCUUUUCUAGCACAAGUGCGGAGUCUGACAGGUGUUACGGGCAGUCUCUCCUGCAGCCUGGAGAAUGGAUCAUCACCAAAGAAAUACCCAAAAUUGUUGACAGUAAAAUAAAUGGGACAAAAAGGAAAGACUGGGAGAGCAAGUCUGUAGGGAUCGAAGUAGAGAGGAAAGCUCCCUCCCUGAGCCUUCAAGUGCCUCUGCGUUCCCACAGCUCAUCCUCUUCCUCUGAGGAGAACAGCAGUUCCAGCGCAGCCCAGCCCUUGUUAGCCGGGGACAAAGAGAGUCCUUCCUCUGGCGCGGAGGAGCCCAUGGUUCAGAAGGACACUUUGCUUACCUCCAAAAGAGAAGAUGGCCCAGGAAGUGUUCCUACAGAAGUUUCAGGAAAUAGUCCUGUUUCUCCAAAUACUCAGGAUAAGUCUGGAGUUCAGUCUCCCCUCAGGUCCCCCUUAAAGCGACAAGCGUCUGUGUGUUCCACCCGGCUUGGAAGUACCAAGAGCCUGACCGCGGCUUUCUAUGGUGACAAGCAGCCUGUGACAGUUGGGGUUCAGUUCAGCAGCGACGUCUCCCGGAGUGAUGAGAACGUGCUCGAUUCCCCCAAACAGAGGAGGAGCUUUGGCUCCUUCCCAUACACACCAUCAGCAGACUCAAAUUCAUUUCAUCAGUACCGCUCAAUGGAUUCCAGCAUGUCAAUGGCUGAUAGUGAAGCCUAUUUUUCUGCAGCUGAAGAAUUUGAACCAAUAAGCAGCGACGAAGGCCCAGGAACUUAUCCUGGGCGGAAAAAAAAGAAAAAGCAGGCGCAGCAGAUUGACUAUAGCAGGGGCUCCAUCUACCACAGUGUUGAAGGACCCCUCUCGGGCCAUGGAGAAAGCAUUCAGGAUGCACAGACUCUGCCCAUCAAAGCUCAUCCUUCCCAGGCCUCUUUUGUUUCCGCCCUGGGAGGUGAUGAUGAGCUUGGAGAACACCUAUAUAUGAUGGAAGGAGAGAAAACUGAGAGGGAGCAGAUCACAGCUCAGCAGCCUGUCAUGAGCUGUUAUCAGACUUACCUUACUCAAUUCCAGGUGAUUAAUUGGUUAGUUAAGCACCCCACAAACAAAAGAACCUCGAAGUCCUCAUUGCACCGACCCUUAGAUCUGGAUACGCCAACCAGUGAAGAAAGCUCCUCCUCUUUUGAAAACCUCUCUGUCCCAACUUUCAAGGUCAUCAAACAAGGCCUCACGGCUAAUUCGUUACUAGACAGAGGCAUGCAGCUCACAGGCACAACUUCAAAUACUCCAUACACCCCCUUGGAAAAGAAAGUCAUGGAUAACACGGAUGAUGAAACAUUAACAGAAGAAUGGACCUUGGAUCAGCCCGUCUCCCAGACCAGGACAACGGCCAUCGUGGAAGUGAAGGGAACUGUAGAUGUUGUUUUGACUCCCCUGGUAGCUGAAGCUUUAGACAGAUAUAUUGAAGCGAUGGUUCACUGGGUCAGCACCCGGCACCCAGCUUCAAUUGUGGAUCAUCUUCAUGCCAAGGUCCUGAGAGAAGCCGUACAGAACAGCAAGACAACCUUCUCUGAAAAUCUGUCCUCCAAGCAGGAUAUCAGAGGAACAAAAACUGAGCCCCCGACCACAGGACAUGCCAACCAAGGGCAAGCACCGACAAAUCUUGUACCCAAGCAAGAUAACGUAACCAUCAAAGGUCUUCAGGCCAACGUUAGCAUACCCAAGGUAAACUUGUGUUUAUUGCAAGCAUCAGUAGAAGAAUCUCCUACAGCUUCUGGGAGAAGUGUGACUCAUGUUUCCCUUGUGGCAUUGUGUUUUGAUAGAAUUGCUACACAAGUUCGUAUGAAUAGAGGUGUGGUUGAAGACACACCAAACAAUACAGAACCUGGCAAGACGUCAAACUGGGAAAGAUACGUCCAAGCCAGCAAAAUGCAGCCUCAGUCUUCUGGUUCCCUGCGAUCUAACGCUGGAGCGGAAAAAGGCAAAGAAAUUGCUGCCAAGCUCAACAUCCAUAGAGUACAUGGACAGCUUCGGGGCCUCGAUACAACAGAUAAUGGGACCUGUGCCAUCACUGCUAUUCCUUUUGAGAAGUCCAAGGUUUUAUUUACUCUUGAAGAAUUGGAUGAAUUUACUUUUGUGGAUGAAACUGAUCAUCAAGCCAUUCCAGAUGUCACUCGAGUCGGCCCUAGCCAAGAAAAGUGGGGCUGGAUCAUGUUUGAGUGUGGCCUGGAAAACCUGACGAUAAAAGGAGGAAGACAGUCUGGUGCUAUUUUAUACAAUACUAUUGGAAUUAUGGGUAAAUCUAAUGCCACAGAGAGGGGUGGACUGCUGACAUCCAAUAAUUCUUCUGAUUCCCCAACUGGCAGUGGUUAUAAUACUGAUGUAUCUGAUGAUAAUCUUCCUUGUGACCGAAUAAGCCCCUCCUCAGACAUAAACGGAAAUUCUAUUUCAGAUGAACAGGAUGAAGGAGUUGAAUCAGAUGAUUUGAAAAAAGAUCUCCCUCUCAUGCCUCCCCCACCCGAUUCCUGCAGUAUGAAGUUGACUAUCAAAGAAAUUUGGUUUAGUUUUGCUGCUCCAACCAACGUGAGAUCACCUGCACACACCUUUUCUAGGCAGCUGAAUCUUUUGAGUACUGCUACUCCAGCUGUAGGUGCUUGGCUUGUUCCUAUUGAUCAACUCAAGUCAUCUUUAAACAAAUUAGAAACUGAGGGAACCUUAAGAAUUUGUGCUGUGAUGGGAUGUAUAAUGACUGAAGCCUUGGAGAAUAAAAGUAUGCACUUUCCUCUAAGAAGCAAAUACAACAGACUUACUAAACUUGCUCGUUUUCUCCAAGAAAACCCUUCAUGUUUACUUUGCAAUAUCCUACACCACUACCUCCACCAGGCAAAUUAUUCCAUCAUCGAUGAUGCUACAAUGAGUGAUGGACUACCUGCCUUAGUAACUUUGAAAAAAGGUCUGGUUGCCCUUGCAAGGCAGUGGAUGAAAUUCAUUGUGGUCACACCAGCUUUCAAAGGUGUCAGCUUACACAGGCCAGCUCAGGCCUUGAAACCCCAGGCUGUGGUGAACCAUGACCACGAGGAUGGACUGGGACUGGACAGUGCUGGUGGUCUUCAGAGCGAUACCAGUGCCGACGGUGCCGAAUUUGAAUUUGAUGCAGCUACUGUCAGUGAACACACAAUGCUUCUAGAGGGAACGGCCAGCCGGCCUCCACAAGGGGGUGUCUCUUCUGGACCUGUAAGUGGAGCUGAGAUCAUGAGGAAAUUGUCAAAGACACACACCCACAGUGACUCUGCUUUAAAAAUAAAGGGUAUACAUCCGUACCAUUCUCUGAGCUACACCAGUGGGGACACGGCCACCGAUUCACCAGUGCAUGUGGGCCGUUCUGGGAUGCCCGUCAAAGAAAGUCCAAGAAAGGAGAGUCUGCUCAGCUAUUUGACUGGGAGUUUUCCAAGCUUGCAUAAUCUCCUGGAAGGGACUCCUCAGAGAAGUGCCGCAACAGUUAAAAGUAGUUCUCUGACAAGAACAGGAAACACGGUAGCCACAGACAUGUUAUCCGAACAUCCCUUGCUGUCUGAGCCUUCCUCUGUCAGCUUCUACAACUGGAUGUCAAAUGCCGUGGGCAAUCGAGGAAGUGUGGUGCAGGAAUCUCCCGCCCCGAAGUCGGGACACAACAGUCUUCCAACAGGUGUUACCCCCAACCUUCCUACAAUACCCUCCGCUUCAGAUUUCAAUACCGUUUUGUCCAGUGACCAGAACACCUUGGAUGGCACCCAUUCUCAGCACAGCACAAGUCAGGAUGAUGUUGGCGGGGUAGAAGAAGCUAACCAGGGGUUUCCUGCUGUCCAGCUUGCAGAUGCCCAGGUUGUCUUCAAACCACUCCUGAGCCAUACGGGGAUUCAGUCCCAGGAUUCGAUGCCCCUCUGCUACCGCAUGUACUUUGGAGAACACCUGUCAUUCUCUGGGACGCUAGAUUGCCUCAGAGCAGAUAUUGUGGAUUCAGACACAGCCAAGGAGAGAAGAAGCAAACGAGCAAGACGGCAAGGACAUGUCAACCUUCCUCCACUUGAGUUCAAACCAGCAUUAAUGUUGGAAACCUUCAGCAUCAGUGCUGUUGUAAUGGAGAAGUCCACAUGUACACCUCAGAACUCAACCAAUGCCUUUUCAUUUCAUGACCUCAACAAACGUUAUUUCAACACCUUUCACUGUAAUUUUACUAUUUCCUGUCAGUCAAUAAGCCAGCACGUAGACAUGGCUUUGGUUCGUCUAAUUCACCAGUUCAGUACGAUGAUAGACGACAUUAAGGCCACCCAGACUGACAUCAAACUUAAUAGGUAUACAGCGGGAUCAGCUUCCCCCACACCUACCUUCAAAACCCACAGACACCGGGACUUCCGCUCCUCGGACUUCAGCCGGAGCUCAAGAGGGAGCCUGAACGGGGGAGGGAGAGUCAACAACGCAAAGAGUAAAAGAGCCAACAGCGAGAACAACAAGAAGGAAUCUCGGAACAAGAAUUCUUUAGGACGGUCUGAGAGGAGAACCUCAAAGGUGUCAAGGAAAGGGUCAAAGGAAGUGGUCGAUCACAUGACUAUCCACAUGGAUGACUCCGAUUCCAUCACAGUGUCUGAACAGAGCGAACCCUCGGCAGAGUGCUGGCAAAACAUGUACAAGCUGCUUAACUUUUAUUCUCUCAUCUCUGACCCAACAGGGAUAUUGGAGAAGUCUUCAGAGACUUUUGGUCCAGCAGGAGUUCGGAGCCCUACAGAACCUCCGUGUAAAGUUGUGUUUGAGAACGAACAGGACAAUAACAGCUUGACCAAAACACAAAGGAAACGUAGCUUGGUCACUUCAGAACCUCAGAACGUCACUCUGAUAGUUUUUGGCAUUGGCAUGGUGAACCGUACACAUCUUGAGGCAGACAUCGGUGGACUCACAAUGGAAUCAGAAUUGAAAAGAAUUCAUGGCAGUUUUACCCUUAAGGAAAAAAUGAAAGAUGUUUUGCAUCAAAAGAUGACUGAGACGUGUGCCACGGCUCACAUUGGCGGGGUUAAUAUUGUGCUGCUUGAGGGGAUUACACCAAAUAUACAACUGGAAGAUUUUCCUACGUCUCCUACAAGCACCGCCAAACAAGAAUUUCUAACUGUAGUGAAGUGUAGUAUUGCCAAGUCCCAAGCCCUCUAUAGUGCCCAGAGGGGGUUGAAGACCAACAAUGCUGCUGUGUUCAAGGUGGGAGCAAUCAGCAUCAACAUUCCCCAGCACCCAGCCACCUUGCACAGCAUGAUGGUCCGUAGCUCACACCAGCUUUCCAAGCAGAUCUCAGACCUCAUCAGACAACCAUCGUCAGCCCCACAGUCUACAAAAGAAGAUAUUGCAACUCCCUUACCUUCUGAAAAAACUCCAAGUGUUAACCAAACUCCUAUUGAAACCAAUGAAUUUCCACAGCUGCCUGAAGGCUUGGAAAAGAAGCCUAUUGUUCUCAAGUUCAGCGCUAUGUUGGAUGGAAUAGCGAUUGGAGCAGCGCUCUUACCGUCUCUCAAAGCAGAGUACAAGAUGGGAAGAAUGAGGAGUCAUGGGAUGACAGGUGCACAGACAAGAUUUACAUUUGAACUGCCAAAUCACCGAUUACGCUUUACUUCGAAAGUUUCAGCCACAGAUAUGUCAACUAUUCCUCCUUCUGCUAGUCUUAACCUUCCUCCUGUGACUAUGUCUGGGAAAUACAUAAUGGAAGAACAUGACACUUAUUCAGAUCAAGUGUGGAGUAUAGAUGAGCUUCCCUCUAAACAAGGUUACUAUUUACAGGGAAACUACUUGCGUUGUGUGGCAGAGGUUGGUUCCUUUGAGCAUAAUCUUACAACUGAUCUUCUAAACCAUUUGGUAUUUGUGCAAAAAGUCUUUAUGAAGGAAGUUAAUGAAGUAAUACAGAAAGUUUCUGGUGGAGAGCAGCCUAUCCCUCUCUGGAACGAGCAUGAUGGCACAGCAGAUGGAGAUAAACCCAAAAUUCUCCUCUAUUCCUUGAAUCUGCAGUUUAAGGGCAUUCAAGUCACAGCCACAACUCCAUCCAUGAGAGCUGUGAGGUUUGAAACUGGAUUGAUUGAACUGGAGCUCUCAAACCGACUUCAAAGUAAAACCUUGCCCGGAGGCAGCAGCUAUCUGAAGCUGUUCGGUAAAUGCCAAGUUGACUUAAAUCUGGCUUUAGGACAAAUUGUCAAACAUCAGGUUUAUGAAGAAGCUGGUUCUGAUUUCCAUCAGGUUGCCUAUUUUAAAACCAGAAUUGGGCUAAGAAAUGCCCUCCGAGAAGAAAUCAGUGGUUCUUCUGACAGGGAGGCUGUGCUCAUUACUUUGAAUAGACCAAUCGUUUAUGCUCAACCUGUGGCCUUUGACAGAGCUGUGCUGUUUUGGCUCAAUUACAAGGCGGCCUACGACAACUGGAAUGAGCAGCGAAUGGCCCUGCACAAGGAUAUUCACAUGGCGACAAAGGAGGUGGUUGACAUGUUGCCGGGCAUCCAGCAGACAUCUGCCCAGGCUUUUGGAACACUUUUCCUCCAGCUUACAGUUAACGAUUUAGGAAUCUGUCUGCCCAUCACAAACACUGCGCAGUCAAAUCACACUGGUGACCUUGACACUGGCUCUGCUCUGGUAUUGACCAUUGAGAGUACUCUCAUCACCGCCUGCUCUUCAGAAUCCCUCGUUAGUAAAGGUCACUUCAAAAAUUUCUGUAUCCGCUUUGCCGAUGGCUUUGAGACAACUUGGGAUGACUGGAAACCAGAAAUUCGUGGGGAUCUUGUCAUGAAUGCCUGUGUGGUGCCUGAUGGCACAUACGAGGUCUGCUCGAGGACCACUGGGCAGGCAGCGGCCGAAAGUAGCAGUGCUGGGACCUGGACACUGAAUGUAUUGUGGAAAAUGUGUGGAAUUGACGUCCACAUGGAUCCUAACAUUGGGAAGAGGCUGAACGCUCUAGGGAACACCCUAACCACCUUGACAGGAGAGGAGGACGUGGAUGACAUCGCCGACCUCAGCUCAGUGAAUAUCGCAGAUCUGUCAGAUGAAGAUGAAACGGACACGAUGUCGCCCACUGUGCAUGCUGAAGUUGUAGAUUAUCGAAGGCAGGGAGCAUCUGGUGCCCAACUGGGAGAACUAAGAGGGAGGAAGAUCAUGAAGCGCAUUGUGGACAUCAGGGAACUGAACGAACAGGCCAAAGUAAUCGAUGAUCUCAAAAAACUGGGUGCAAGUGAAGGAACCAUAAACCAAGAAAUUCAGCGAUACCAACAGUUAGAGUCUGUUGCAGUGAAUGAUAUUCGUAGAGAUGUCCGCAAAAAGUUGCGACGAUCCAGCAUGCGGGCUGCUUCCCUGAAGGACAAAUGGGGUCUAGGCUAUAAACCCAGUUAUAGCCGGUCAAAAAGUAUCGCUGCUUCUGGACGACCACCUCUUAAAAGAACAGAAAGAGCAAGUUCUCGAUUGGGAGAAAAUGAGGAGCUCCCAGAAAUCCGUGUAGAUGCAGCAUCUCCUGGACCCAGAGUAACUUUCAAUAUCCAGGACCCAUUUCCUGAGGAAACAGAAUUGGACCUUUUGUCUGUAACCAUUGAUGGACCAACACAAUACUCAUCAACCAGCGAAGGAUCAUGCUCAGUUUUCAGUUCACCGAAAACCCCAGUAAUCUUCUCCCAAGGCAUUCCUUUCCAAAGUGAAGAGGGGAGGCGGGAUGACAGUUUGUCUUCUUCCAGUGAAGAUUCCGAAAAGGAUGAAAAGGAAGAUGACCACGAUAGGGAAAGGUUUUACAUUUACAGGAAACCCUCCCACACAUCCCGUAAAAAAGCAACAGGCUUUGCCGCUGUGCAUCAGCUGUUUACUGAACGUUGGCCGACAGCCCCUGUCAACAGAAAUCUGAGUGGCACAACGACAGAGAGAAAUAUUGACUUUGAACUUGAUAUCCGAGUUGAAAUUGAUAGUGGAAAAUGUGUCCUUCAUCCAACAACCCUUCUGCAAGAACAUGAUGACAUGAGCCUGAGAAGAAGUUAUGACCGGAGUUCCAGAAGCUUAGAUCAAGAAUCCCCCUCGAAAAAGAAGAAAUUUCAAACAAACUAUGCUUCUACAACUCAUUUAAUGACUGGCAAAAAAGUGCCAUCGUCUCUUCAGACAAAACCCAGCGACCUGGAGACAACAGUCUUUUAUAUCCCCGGAGUUGAUGUAAAGCUACACUACAACUCCAAGACCCUAAAGACUGAGUCACCAAAUGCUUCCAGGGGAUCCUCUUUGCCAAGAACCCUUUCCAAAGAGUCCAAGCUGUAUGCCAAAGGAAAAGGAAGUGGAGGAGUGAAAACAGCGAAAUUAUAUGCCUGGGUCGCCCUCCAGUCACUACCAGAAGAAAUGGUAAUUAGCCCCUGUCUGUUAGAUUUUCUGGAGAAGGCCCUCGAAACCAUCCCUAUUACACCAAUUGAAAGAAAUUACACUGCUGUUAGCUCACAAGAUGAGGAUAUGGGACACUUUGAAAUACCAGACCCCAUGGAAGAGUCGACAACAUCAUUGGUGUCAUCUUCAACCUCUUCCUACUCAUCCUUCCCUGUCGAUGUCGUGGUCUAUGUCCGAGUUCAGCCUUCUCAGAUCAAAUUCAGCUGUUUACCUGUAUCAAGGGUAGAAUGUAUGCUAAAGCUGCCUUCCCUGGACUUGGUAUUCUCCUCAAACCGAGGAGAACUGGAGACUUUAGGUACCACUUGUCCUACAGAUGCUGUGUCCCCUAGUGGUCACCCUACUCUGAGUGGCUCAAAGACCUUCACCAACAAAACAGGGAUGCCAGGUUCCUCUGGCCUAGGCAGCCCUCUUGGCAGAAGCCGCCAUAGUAGUAGUCAGUCUGACUUGACCAAUGCCAGCAGCAGUUCAUCUGGGCUGAGUUUCACUGCCUGCAUGUCGGACUUUUCCCUUUAUGUAUUUCAUCCAUAUGGAGCAGGCAAACAAAAAACUGCUGUUACUGGUCUAACCCCUGGAUCUGGGGGCCUGGGGAAUGUUGAUGAAGAGCCUGCUUCAGUCACUGGCCGCAAAGAUUCCCUCAGCAUAAACCUGGAGUUUGUGAAAGUGAGCUUGUCCCGAAUAAGACGUUCUGGAGGCGCCUCAUUUUUUGAAAGUCAGGCUGCGAGCAAGUCUGCAAACAAAAUGGAUACUACGUUAAUAAACAUAUCUGCGGUGUGCGACAUUGGCUCAGCUUCCUUCAAAUACGAUAUGCGCAGACUCAGUGAGAUUCUGGCUUUCCCCAGAGCCUGGUACAGGAGAAGCAUUGCCCGCCGCCUUUUCCUUGGUGACCAAACUAUAAAUUUGCCAGCCUCUGGCCCUGGGACGCCAGAUUCCAUCGAGGGAGUGAGUCAGCACCUGUCUCCAGAAUCCUCCCGCAAAGCUUACUGCAGGACUUGGGAGCAGCCCAGCCAGGCAGCCUCCUUCACUCACGUGGCCCAGUCCCCUACGGUGUUCAAUGAGCACAUGGUGAAUAGCAGCUGCCCAGGAGCAGCUGCCCAGAAUCUGAAAUCUCCUGUCUCCAUGCGAUCCAGGAGCGUGUCUGACUCUUCAGUUCCUCAGAGAGAUUCACUCUCAAGAACUUCUACUCCUUUUAAUAAGUCCAAUAAAGCAGCCAGCCAGCAAGGCGCCCCCUGGGAGACUCUGGUCGUGUUUGCCAUCAACCUCAAACAACUGAACGUUCAGAUGAACAUGAGCAACGUCAUGGGGAAUACAACAUGGACCACCAGUGGUUUGAAAAGUCAGGGUCGUCUGUCGGUGGGAAGUAAUAGAGACCGAGAGAUCAGCAUGUCUGUUGGCCUAGGAAGAUCCCAGUUAGAUUCAAAGGGCGGCGUGGUUGGAGGCACCAUAGAUGUCAACACUUUGGAGAUGGUCGCUCAUAUUUCUGAACAUCCAAAUCAACAACCAAGUCACAAAAUUCAAAUUACUCUGGGUUCAACUGAAGCUCGUGUGGAUUACAUGGGGUCAAGCAUCCUCAUGGGCAUCUUUAGUAAUGCAGAUCUCAAGCUGCAGGAUGAAUGGAAAGUGAAUCUCUAUAAUACACUGGAUUCAAGUAUGUCAGAUAAAAGUGAAAUUUUUGUCCAUGGAGAUUUAAAAUGGGAUAUUUUCCAAGUAAUGAUUUCCAGAUCGACCACUCCGGACUUGAUAAAAAUAGGAAUGAAACUCCAAGAAUUCUUCACCCAGCAGUUUGACACAAGCAAGCGGGCUCUCUCCACUUGGGGACCAGUUCCUUACCUUCCCCCAAAGGCUACAGCCAGUCACCUGGAGAAGAAUUCCCAAGAACUGCUGCUGGACGCUGCUCACCACCGCCACUGGCCUGGAGUUUUGAAGGUUGUAUCAGGAUGCCACAUAUCCUUAUUUCAGAUUCCAUUACCAGAAGAUGGAAUGCAGUUUGGAGGCUCUAUGAGCCUGCAUGGAAAUCACAUGACACUUGCUUGUUUCCACGGGCCUAAUUUCCGCUCAAAAUCCUGGGCUCUUUUUCAUUUAGAAGAACCAAAUAUUGCAUUUUGGACAGAAGCGCAGAAAAUCUGGGAAGAUGGUUCAUGUGAUCAUUCGACAUAUGUUGUCCAGACGUUGGAUUUCCAUCUAGGUCACAAUACCAUGGUCACCAAACCCUGUGGUGCUCUAGAGAGUCCUAUGGCAACAAUAACCAAGAUCACAAGACGACGCCAUGAAAACCCCCCCCACGGAGUGGCCAGUGUGAAAGAAUGGUUCAAUUAUGUCACUGCCACAAGGAAUGAAGAGUUAAACCUACUUCGAAAUGUUGAUGCUAAUAACGCAGAGAGCAGUACAACUGUAAAGAGUUCGAGCCUGUUGAGUGGAUUCAGAGGAGGUUCUAGUUACAACCAUGAGACGGAGACCAUCUUCGCCCUCCCACGCAUGCAGCUAGACUUCAAAUCCAUUCACGUCCAGGAGCCACAGGAGCCUUCCUUGCAGGACACCAACGUCAAGCCCAAAGUGGAAUGUAGUGUGGUAACAGAGUUCACCGACCACAUCUGUGUGACUAUGGAUGCUGAGCUAAUUAUGUUUCUUCAUGACUUAGUGUCAGCUUAUCUUAAAGAAAAAGAAAAAGCUAUUUUUCCACCUCGACUGUUAUCCACUCGACCAGGACAGAAAAGUCCAGUCCUCAUCCAUGAUGACAAUUGCUCUGAGAAGGACAGAGAAGAAAGCAUCACGUACACUACUGUAGACUGGAGAGAUUUCAUGUGCAACACCUGGCAUCUAGAACCCACGCUACGGUUAAUUUCCUGGACUGGAAGAAAAAUUGACCCAGUAGGUGUUGAUUAUAUUCUUCAAAAGUUGGGCUUUCAUCAUGCUAGAACCACUAUUCCUAAAUGGCUUCAAAGAGGAGUCAUGGACCCAUUGGAUAAGGUUCUCUCGGUCCUCAUCAAAAAGCUCGGUACCUCACUGCAAGACGAAAAAGAGAGGAGAGGAAAAGACAAGGAAGAACACUAAAGCGUAACUGUCUAUGAACAAGCUAUAACUGUGUCCGUUAAGUUUACUACAGCGAAAGGUUUUAUUGUAUAGUAAAAUUAUUUUCUGUAUAAUUUAAAGAUGAUUUUAAUGGGUUUUGGCUAAUUUGUUCAAACAGUUUGUGAGUUUAUCUGUUUAUUAUGGUAGUGCCACCAUUCUGUAUACAGUGAAGUAUUGCAUGAUGAUGUAAAUUUUGUGAAAAAAAAAUAGAUUAAAUAUGUAAAUCUUUUGUUAGCAUUUAUAAUUGUAUUAUGUGCAAUAUGAUUCCUGCAUCCUUAAAAUAUUUGCAGAUUAACUGUGAAUUUUUGUGACUAAUUAGCUGUAACUUUUUUUCAAAUCUUGCUGAUAAUUUGACCUUCUUUUUGGUUGGUAAUGGCUUUUAUUUCCCUUGGUAAUGUGUAGACUUGUAUAAAUUCCAGUAUGUAUAUAGUUUAAGAAACUGUGAUCUGAUUGCAUAGCAUUAAAAUGUUGUUUGUUACAGUUGUAAUAAAAAGCCAUGAUAACUUA